GCACCAAGAGCCCAAGCACAUGUUCUGAUUAUUCUCUUUUCAUUGAGGGAAAAAGGGAGACAUAGGAUAUAAGGGAAAUGGGGUUUCAGAAGGUCAUCAUAGUUGAUGCCAAAGACCAUCUUUUAGGAAGAUUGGCCUCCAUUGUUGCCAAACAGUUGUUAAAUGGCCAAAAGAUUGUAAUUUUACGGUGUGAGUACAUCAACAUAAGUGGAAGCAUUUACAGAAAUAAAGUGAAAUAUCUGAAAUUCCUUCGUUUGCGCUGCAACGUAAAACCGUCUCGUGGUCCGUUCCACUUCCGUGCUCCAAGCAAGAUAUUCUGGCGUACAGUACGUGGCAUGCUACCACAUAAAACUGAGAGAGGAAAAGCCGCCCUUGGAAGAUUAAGUGUGUACGAGGGUAUUCCCCCAAUGUAUAUCAAGAAGAAGCGUGUGGUUGUGCCGCAAGCAUUGAGAAUACUAAGACUAAAGCCAGGAAGAAAGUUUUGUGUACUUGGAAGGUUAUCGCAUGAAGUUGGAUGGAAGUACAGGGAUGUUAUGAAGACGCUUGAGGAAAAGAGACAAGCCAGGGAAGCAAUUUAUUAUGAGAAAAAGAUUAAAUUAGCUCGUUUGAGGACAAGGGCUACCAAAGAUGCUCAGCCUAAAAUUGCCGAAAUCAAUAAAAAGUUAAACGCAAUGGGCUACGUCUGAUCCAAAUGAAACGAAAGAGAAGAACAUGUUUUCAUAUUUGAUAUUGUUUUAUGGAUUAGUCUUUACCACAAUGAAUGAUAAUAAAUUAAUAACAA